AUAUUUUUUCCGCGCGUAUAUAAUGCGGACGACCAUAAUGAGAAUGUGAGUGUGAGAAGCAGCGAAAGUCACGUGACUAGCCCAUCAUAUGAUUUGAACUGGAGGAGCGGCCCGGUCCAGAUUCUCAUGCAUUUUUACUCAAAUUAGGACGAGAGCUUUUAAAUCGAAAACAAGAUGAAGUACUGUCCACCUAACGUGACUCUGGAUGAGUUCUGGCUGGACCAUGGCGUGUCCCCGUGUCUCAUGGACACGAUCCUGGCACCGACCAUCAGUGGCUUCCUCUUCCUCUUUGGCACCAUCCAACUGUGGGUGUACAAGAAGUACGCGACGCCGGUGUCUGAAUUUUCGCUGCCAAAGUCCAAACUGUACUGCCUGCAGAUAUUUUGUCUGCUCCUUCUGCCGGUCUUGUGCAUCAGCAGACUGGUUCUUCAGGCCACAUAUUUACACGACCACAUCAUUUACGGACACAUGAUCAUGUCCGCUGGAUUAAUUGCCGGCUCUUCUUUGUACGCACUCGUCCUGCUUGUGGUCGAACGGAAGUACAUGCUGCCCUCAAUGCCUGCCAGAGGCCAUGGUGUGAUCCUCCUUGUCUACUGGACACUUCUCUUUGUCUCUGAAAACCUCACCUUUGUCAAUAUCAAAGAGAAGGGGUGGUGGUUCAAACUGAAAGAUUUGAAUGAUGACAUCGAGAUGGGACUUUUUGUGGCUCGCUACGUAACCUGCCUUCUGAUCUUUGUCCUUGGGCUUCAAGCACCAGGACUGAUGUCUUUGCGAGAUUAUCUCGACAGCGACACAGCACGUCUUCACGACAUGGAUGAGGAGCAAGGACAAGCUCAGGGUUCAACGUUCAGGAAUUUCUGGAAGAAAAUCAAUAUGCUGCUCCCCUACAUGUGGCCAAAGAAGGACUUCAUGCUGCAAAUGAGAGUCGUCUUCUGUUUCCUUCUGUUGAUCGGAGGACGAGUUCUAAAUCUUUUUGUUCCAAUUUACAACAAGAAAAUUGUUGAUAGCAUGGCCCCGGUUGAGGGAUCGACGAAUCUUGCUUUCCGAUGGGACCUGGUGCUCAUUUACGUUGGAUUCAAAUUCCUCCAGGGAGGCGGAACUGGAGGCAUGGGCCUGCUAAACAACUUGCGCUCCUUUCUUUGGAUCAGAGUGCAGCAGUACACGACUAGGGAGGUGCAGGUGGAUCUGUUCAGGCACCUCCACAGUCUCAGUCUGCGGUGGCACCUGGCUCGAAAGACGGGCGAAGUUUUGCGCGUCAUGGACAGAGGCACGGACAGCAUUAACAGCCUCCUCAACUACAUUGUCUUUAGUAUCCUGCCAACUAUUGCCGACAUUUUGGUGGCCGUGGUCUACUUUAUUACCACCUUCAAUGCGUGGUUCGGACUCAUCGUCUUUCUGACAAUGCUCUUUUAUAUUGCUGCUACAAUGGUCGUCACUGAGUGGAGGACAAAGUUCAACAGGGCCAUGAAUUUGGCCGACAACCUGCAGAAAGCAAGGAGCGUUGACUCUUUAUUGAACUUUGAGACCGUCAAGUAUUACGGAGCCGAGGACUACGAAGUUGACAGCUACAAAGAAGCAAUUCUUUCUUAUCAGAAAGAGGAAUGGAAGGCAACUGCCGCUCUCAGCUUGCUCAACACAAUGCAAAACCUAAUAAUCAGUGCCGGGCUUUUGGCAGGCUCUCUGCUGUGUGUUUACAUGGUUGUAAAUCACCAAGGACUGACUGUAGGAGACUAUGUUUUGUUCUCCUCGUACAUUCUUCAGCUUUAUGUGCCACUGAACUGGUUUGGCACUUAUUAUAGAAUGAUUCAAAAGAACUUUAUCGACAUGGAAAAUAUGUUUGAGCUUUUGAAUGAGGACCAGGAAGUCAUUGACGCCCCUGGAGCUCCAGCCCUGGAUGUGAAAAGGGGUGCUCUUGAGUUUAGCAAUGUCAACUUCAGUUACGUUCCUGAGAGGGUCGUCCUCAGAAACGUUUCUUUUACCGCCCCUCCUGGAAAAACUAUUGCAUUGGUUGGGCCGUCAGGUGCAGGGAAAAGUACAAUUGUCCGACUUUUGUUCCGGUUCUACGAUGUAGACAACGGUGCUAUUCUGAUUGACGGGCAGAACAUCAAGACUGUGAGGCAAAAGUCCCUGCGGAAGUUCAUGGGUGUCGUCCCACAAGACACAGUUUUGUUCAACAAUAGCAUUAAGUACAAUAUCAGAUAUGGAAGGUUGACGGCCACAGAGCAAGAGGUGGUUGAAGCAGCUCAGUACGCUGACAUCCACGAAAGGAUCCAAACAUUCCCAAGUGGAUAUGAUACCCAGGUUGGUGAACGAGGACUGAAAUUGAGUGGUGGUGAAAAGCAGAGGGUGGCGAUUGCCAGGACAAUUUUGAAGGCGCCUGCCUUUGUUCUCCUGGACGAAGCCACCAGCGCCUUAGAUACACAGACUGAACGAAAUAUUCAGUCGGCUUUGGCUCGAGUGUGUGCAAAUCGAACGACCAUCAUUGUUGCCCACAGACUUUCGACCAUAAUUCACGCUGACGAAAUCCUAGUCUUGAGAGAGGGAGAGAUAGUUGAGAGGGGUCGGCACGAGGAGUUGCUCAACUUCAAUGGAGUUUACGCAGACAUGUGGCAGCAGCAGCUCAAGAACGAAGAUGCCGAGGCUCGAGCCUUGGCUUCUGCGCAAGACUCAGAUUCUGCUGCUGAUGCAGAACCACCCACGCAACCUAUGACACAUCAAUAGUAUUAGGUGUAAGAUUUGACUAGUUCUAGGUUAUAUAGAUUCUAGAUUUUAUAAUUAUAGAUUAUAGACUAACAAAUGCCGAGAUUUUCACUUGCAGCUGACAUGCAAAAAAUUUAUGUUCUUUCACUGCGGCGAGAACUAAAUAAUAAUUCUUCUUGUCUUUUACCAUUUCUUGUAUUUAGAUUAGUUGGAUUUGUCCAUACAGUGUGAUUUAAUAAAAGACUACAGGAUCAUUAGUUUUAAUUAAUUUAUUGGAAUCCAGUCAAAUUGUAUCAAUCAAUGUAAUUUGCAAUGCUAAAUUUUAUCUUAAUAAUUUUAUUAUCUUGUAUCUCUGAAUGAUUUAUUUUUAUGAAUAAAAGUAUAAUCCUGGUUACAC